AUGCAAAUAUUAAAGGACCCCAGUGAUAAUGUUAUACAUUCCUCAACUGUCUUACCUUUGGUGCCUGAUGAUCUUGGUAAACUUCUUAUAUUGGCUAUAUAUACUAGAGGUACAUUAGACAAGUAUAUAUUAUCUGGCUCUUAUUACUAUAGAUCUACUUCUAAUGAUACUAGAGUUAUGUUAUUUGCAACUGGCAGGAGACUUAUAUGUGUUUUUGGUGCCUUAGAGCAAGUUGAUUUUUUAAUUGAAGGUACUAAUGGUGAUGCUGUAAUAACUCAUAAAGGUUUUACUUUUUUAUUCAACACCCUUACAUUGAAACCUCCUAGUGAAUCUGUUAAAUUCAAUUUUUGGGAUAAUUUCUUUUAUAGGUGCCAUCUAACAAAUAAAUUAAGUCAUGUAAGACAAAUAAGUAAUGAUGUAGUUCAAUCUUGGCAUAUAGUUACACCACCUGCUAAUUGGAAUUAUAUUACAUCAACAAUAUAUCCAAAAGAUAUUAAGGUUGAAGGAAUAAUAUCACUAGUCACUAUAAAUGAUGGUGAAGAAUUUCAAAUUAAAGACUUUGUUGAAGAUAAAUCUUCAAUUAUAAUAAGUCCUAAUAAUAGACUUCAAAGUGUUAUUGUUAGGUCAUCCAAUCUUUUUAUAGGGAUCAUACUUCCACCCAAUAUGAAUUAUACUAUUAAUAUACCAGUUGGUAUGAUAUAUGCAUCAAAUGGUAAUACCUUCUAUAUCCCUAAAGGCCUUUUUUCUGAUACUUAUAUUAGAUAUUAUACUAAUUCUCCAUGGGGAUAUGAAAUUUCCUUUGAUAAAGAUUUAAAUCAGGUCAUUAUCUUUACUAAAGAUAAAAUGAAAUUUGGUGGAUCAACUACAAAAUCAGUUGAUGGUUCAUCUACAUCUGAUGUUAAACCAAUUGAACAACCACCAUCUGGUGAAUCAUCUGCACCUCACAUUAAACCAAUUGAACAACCACCAUCUGGUGAAUCAUCUGCACCUCACAUUAAACCAAUUGAACAACCACCAUCUGGUGAAUCAUCUGCACCUCACAUUAAACCAAUUGAACAACCACCAUCUGGUGAAUCAUCUACACCUCACAUUAAACCAAUUGAACAACCACCAUCUGAUGAAUCAUCUGCACCUCACAUUAAACCAAAUGAACCAUCAAAAUUAUCUAAUCAAAAAAAUCAAUCUUUAAAAUCUCUUCUAUAUUCUCUUUGGGGAAGAUUCAGAAUGUUGUUUAUGUAA